GUGUAAAUAUAACUUGAAUAUCAAAACACACUUAAAUUUGAUAAAUCCAGCAUGAUGGAUACUGUUGCAGCUAACAUAGAUCCAACAUAUGAACCCGAUCCUAUGGACUGUGUCAAUACACCAGUAACAGUAGGACCUACGAAUGGUACAGUACAAAAUUUAACAGAUACCACCAAAACUGAGGAUAAAGAUUCAGAGGACAGCAGAGAAAAUUCAACGCCUGGAAGUGAUUUUGAUCCAGAAAAACGUUUAUCUUUAUCACCAGAACAAGGGACCGACAAGAGACUAACCUUCUCUCCAGAACAAGUGGCAUGUGUUUGCGAGGCUUUACAACAAAAAGGAGACGUUGAGAGACUAGCCCGUUUUCUGUGGUCCUUACCACCUAGUGAAUUAUUGAGAGGUAGUGAGGCAGUGCUUAAAGCUAGGGCUCUUGUUGCAUUUCAUAGAGGAAGUUACAGAGAACUAUACGUAAUUGUAGAAAGUCACAAAUUUGACGAAAGCAAUCACAGUUUUCUGCAAGAUUUGUGGUACAAAGCGCACUAUAUGGAGGCUCAGAAAAUCCGUGGAAGACCUCUUGGUGCCGUUGACAAAUACAGACUCAGACGAAAACAUCCUCUACCGAAAACUAUCUGGGAUGGAGAAGAGACAGUGUAUUGUUUCAAGGAAAAAUCGAGACAAGCAUUGAAGGAUUGUUAUAAAAAUAACAGAUACCCAACACCAGACGAAAAGCGAAAUUUAGCCAAAAAAACCGGUUUAACAUUAACACAAGUGAGUAACUGGUUCAAGAACAGACGGCAGCGUGACAGAACACCUAGCCAGCAGACGAUGCACGGCAGUGAUGGAUUAGAGGACUGCAGGGCACACAAAAUUCCAAUGAACUUUAACCCCCAUCAGCAUCUCCCUCAGCCAAUGUGGACCAACCAUCAGGACAUUAUGAUGAAUGAUUACAGAAAUGACCAUAAUAUGGAAAUGAAAAUGCUAGAUGACUUCCGACACAACAUGACAUUGGCGCCAGUAAAAAAUGAACCAAUGGUACCGCCUCAUUUUCUGUGCGGACCACCUCUAGAUCAUCCGCAUAGACUUCAUCAUCCGAUUUCAUCGGUGUGAUAACUAAUCAAAAUUGAAAAAUGUGUUCUAUUUUUUGUGUAUUUAAUUCUGUGUCCUUUGUUAUGUUAAGUAUUGUAUUUCAGAAGUUUUAUAAGAUAUGUUAAGCAGUCAAAACUAAUGUAUGGAGACUGUUUUAUUUUCAAUUUGUUUAACUAAAAGGAGACUAAUACAACGGAUACUAGAUUGUUCUAUCAUUAUUGUCAAAAUUAAUCUUUAUUAAUGAUUAACGAAACGAAACACCCAAACCACCCACAAACUAAAUUAAAUGAAAUUAACAAGAAGAUGGUAAAUGGCUAUAUGUAUGUCAAAUGGUAACGACCAAGGAUGUAAACGCAAAUUUGAAAUUCACAGCCGAGUUUAAGUUUUAUAUGAGUUAUAGAUUAAACUUCAAUGAGACAGAAACUAAAAAAACCUAACACCAAAAGACAUUAUGUUGUGUAUGAUAUACAAUAAAGAGUAAGAAAUAAUCUUCGGUUAAAAGUAACUAAUUAUUACUAUUACUAUUAUUAUCAUUAUUAUUAUUGCUUUGCUUUGGAGACAUAAGUAGAUUACACUUGAAAAUUCUUUACAAAACUUGAUUUAAAAGAAGAAGUAUUGCUUAGACUACAAUAGGUCCUAGUGAUAUGUACUAAAACAACUCUUAUCAUUAAAUUUUACAAUUAUAAUUAAUCGCCUACGUAAGCUACUAGUAUUACAGAAGGGUUAAACUAGUUGGGUUUUGUUUGUAUGUUUUUGUUUUUGUUUUUGCUGUUUUUGUUUACCUUUAUUAAUAUUUUGAUGGUUAUACAUUUUGGCUUGUUCAUUGAACAUGGAAUAACAAAGAAAAUAAAACAGUUUCAAGACAAAAUAUUCCAAAUUAUGGCUUUCAAACUUUGGAUUUGGCGGACGGAACAUGAAUAUAAAAUAGCCCCGAAAUUGUAUUAUGACAAAACAAAAUUGUGAAAACAUCUCUACCACUCUACCAAAUAAGAAAUAACCUAAAAUUAGAAUUUAGACGUAUACUUGAUGUGGUGUUGAUCAAUUUUUGCUUCUGUGUAAUCAUAUAGUUGUAAUAUCAACUGUCAUCGAGAAAACAGUAUAUUUUUUUUCUAUUUUCAUGAAACACAUUUACAUUGGCACAGAGGUUCCUCGUACAACUGAUAAUUUCGGAUGGCCAAUAGUAAUUCUCGUUAGUUAAUCAAUGACCAUUAGUAAAGUCCUUCGAAUCGCAGUAAUUAAAGGGCAAAACUACAUAUAUGAAACAUAUAAAAGAACAUUUCAAAACGACAAAAUGAUAAAAAUAAGACAAUUAGUAGCCACGAUCAGUUUAAUCGGAAUGCGCAAGUGAAAACCUUUAAACAAUGAUUCACAAGUUUGGAGUUGUCUUUGACAAAAAAUACUAAAAAAUAAAAUUAUUAUAGUAAUAAUUAAAGCAACAACAAAAUACCUGUAUGUAUUUUGUGUAUAGUAUAUCUGAAGUAACGUAUGACCCGACACUAUUGUCAACGAGGUUUGUGCCUGAAAUAUUUAGCGGCUAUAUCAGAUUCGGCUUGUGAUUUGUAAUUAUGUUUCGUUCUGUCCAUAUUUCAUUAUAUUUUGCAUAAAUUCUUUAAUUGGCGAUACGAAUAUUAAAAGUUACAGAUAUUUUAUUCAAGUUCAUUAUUCCAUUUCAAAUUUAUUCAUGAUAAACAUAGAAUCUUCUCAACUUUAACGCUUUGCAUGUCAUACAACUCAGUACAGCACAAAUGAUGAUCCCAGAGCUACAUGUAGCAAUGUAUUAAAAUAAGUCUAAGCAAUGUCAACCUGAACAGCAUUUUUCUUUGCUGUAUCUGUUACUGACAUUGUCAAAAUAUAUCUUUAAUGUACCAAUACAAUGAGUAGCAUAUAAUGUAUUUCAAAGAGUAUCAGGUAUAAUAGCUACUUUUACCAGUGGAUCAUGGAAUCAAUGUAUUUCUGCAUAAAAAGAAAUGCAGACAUUUAUGUUAUUCAUUUAUGAGGGGCCUGAUGGGUUAUUUUCGUUCUUCGUGAUCCGUUUUUCUACAGAUUUCUUUUUUUUAUAUUUUCGUGAUCCGUGAUCAUGGAAAUUUAUUUUCUGUGAAUCGUGAUUGACAAAAAAAUCAACUCGUGAAUCGUAAUGAGACCCCAUCAGGCCCCUCAUUUAUGCUAUGUUAUGCAUGUGCAAUUCAAUUUCAUACAGAAAAGGAUUGACAAUAAAUGUUAACGUAUAACGUUACCCAAAAGAUACAUUUGUAUUUUAUCGUGCAUCUUCAGAAGACAAAAAAGACAAUUAACUCAAACAGCUGAAUAGAAAUAACAUGAAAUCUGUUGCAUCCAAAGUUUUCAGAGACGUUAAUUUGUCAAAUGUAACUUUUUUGGAACUUUAAUGGAUUUUUUUUAUAUAAAAAGUAUUGGAGCAGCACAUAGAAAUAACUGAAAGACAAGACAUGUAUACAAAACGACAAUGAAACUGAAAGCAUCAUUUUAGACACUAUGAAUUCUAUGAAUUCUUAACAGAAAUUAAGUAGUUCUAUUGUGUGUUUUGUAAAAGCUAUCAUAUCCUGUCAACAAUAAUUUGUAUUUUUAACAACUCGCUAUUGAAAACUUGUCGGAAAUGUUCUUAAAUCUGCAUUCAUACAUGCAUACUGUAAAUGUAUUUGUUAUUAAAUAUGGAAUAACAAGGAAAAAUAAAACAGUUUCAAGACAAAAUA